CUCCGGUCCACCUUCUCCUCCUUGCGGGAGUAUCUGACUCCGAUUACACACAAGUCCACGUUUGCCACCACCGGCGAGAUAACGCCGGAUGAGUUUGUGGAGGCCGGGAACUACUUGGUCUACAGGUUCCCCACAUGGCAGUGGUCGCCGGCGGAGGCUUCGAAGGCGAAGGACUUCUUGCCUGCAGAGAAGCAGUUUCUUGUGACUAGACACGUGCCAUGCUACGUGCGUGCAGCAGAUUACGAGUACAACGACGAGGAGGACGAUGACGACGGCAAAGAUGGCAGCGGCAACACGGAGGGCAGCGGGAAGCUGAAGGUUAGCGGUGCAGAGGAGGUCUCCGAGGACGAGGACAUCGACGACAUUGAUGACUUGAUCGACGAGAACGCAGAGGACGUCGAGUUCGUCGACAAUAAGGUGUCGAGAAAGACCCCGGAGGGGUCCAAGAAGAGGAGCUAUGAUCUCUACAUUACCUACUCCACGUCCUACAGGGUGCCAAAGAUGUAUUUAGUGGGCUUUGACUCCAACUCGGUGCCACUCACUCCGGAACAAAUGUUUGAAGAUAUCGCUAGCGAUUACAGGCAUAAAACGGUCACCAUUGAGAAGGCGCCCUUCCUCAACAACACUACCGCAGUGUCCAUCCAUCCAUGCAAGCAUGCCACGGUGAUGAAGGUCUUGAUGAAGCGGGCCGCAGCAUCGGCAAGAGAAAGGUCGCACAGCAAAGACACAGAGAAGAUGAUGAAGAAGAUCUCCCACCUCGGUUUGAAAGAUCAUGAGGGAGACGAUUCCCACGCAGCAGAGGAUGGAGACGACUGGGAAGACUUGAAAGGGGAAAGCAGUGAAGGCGACGAGGGAAUAAGAGUGGACCAGUACUUGGUUGUCUUUUUGAAGUUCAUUUCCAGUGUCAUUCCGGGCAUUGAACAUGACUAUACAAUGGAAGCGUUG